AUGACCCAGGCAACCUGCAAGACGAAGCAAAAAACGACGAGCCUCUCCACGGCAAGAAUACACAAUCCCCCCACUGGAAGUACCCCCGCGAGCAUCCCCUUCGUGACCCGCCCCUGGUGCGCCAUCAACGGCGGCAAAGGCACCCCCCUCCCUCGACAACCCCGAAAAGAAAACCAGAGUCUGCUGUGGACCGUUCCAUUCGGCUACCGCCCCGAGGAUGGGGCCUUUACCGUGACCGAUGAGCUGCUCCAGACGCAUCUGACAAGACUGUACGCCCAGAUCCAGCGGUUCCGGGAACGGUACUCGUGCAGCCCGGCGGAGAUCACGCAGUUAGCGCCCAUGAAGAAGAAAGCGAUUCUCCAGCAUCUGGGAUCCUUCUUGAAGCAGUGCUUUAAGAAGAUCAUUUCGAAUCCGUUCUUCUAUGUGACGCCGUCGGUGGCGGUCGGUGACGCUGGCGUGGAUCGAGCCAAGGCACACGAAUGGCGGCAGACGCUGACGCACCUCCUGCAGGCGGAUUAUCAUGGAGGAUCGGACGAUUGGCGGGUGGCGUUCGCGGCUGGCGAGAGCUUAGAGGCGGCCUGUCGGAGCUUUGCCCUGAGCAUGCUGGAGGAGUGUGAGGCGUUCCGCGUGCUUCUGCGAGACCUCGAGGAUAGCGAAGGCAGCGAUGAGCGGUGUUGUGAUUUGGCGGAGAUCUUUCGACUUGCGGCGGAGCUGUCGGUGGGGUUUGCGGCAAGUAAGGACGGGUUCGUGUUCCAUCUGGAUGUUGAGCGUGUUCCGCAUACAGUGGCGCUGAUGCGUGAGAGGGUCCUGACCAAAAGUGGGGCUUGGAGGGGAGUUGACGCCUUCGAAGGCCGGCAUCCGGUUCUCGUUCGGCAUCCGCUCAUCGAACGUUCAGUCUUAGUUGGGGAAGCUCAGGUGAGCGACCGGGGGAGGUGUAGAGAGGAAUAGCAGAAGGCGAACGAACACAGCUUUGAUUCAGAGGAGGAA